GGCCGGUCCUUCAUGGGCCACUAAGCCCAUUCAAUUCGUUAACUAGAGCGAAUGAGCUAGUGCCACCAGGCCCACACAACAUCGGGACCCGGGCGCGUCUCCUCGCCUCUACUCCGGCUCCGACCGCUCUGCCCCACCGGUGAACGGAGCCGCUGUGCUCUGCGCCGCCAGUUAGUUUUUUCCUCUGGAAACCUAGGCCAGGCCUCCACCGCCACCGGCCGUCCACACCUUCGUUUAACUACUCGGAGUAGUGAAGACGGUUGCAGGGUUUGAGAAGACACAACCAGCUCGCCCACAAGGUAUUUGCCGAAAUGUCCCUACGGCAGCUGCUUCUCCAAACGCGGCGGCGGUGCUCACCUCUGCUGCCUCCGCAGAUGUCCUGCAUUCUCUUCCUCUGCCGCUUUCUCUCCAUCCUCCCGUCGGCCGCGCCGCCGCGCCGGUCUCUACCUGCGCAAGGCCAGGUUCCACAAAGCUUGCCUUGCGCCAGCUCCGACCCCCUUGGCUCUGGCUUCCGCAUCGAUGUGGUUGACUGCGACCUCUGGUCUGCGUCAUUCGGCUUCUCCUUGGACCCUGCACGGGGCAAAGAGUGCCCAGAUGGCUUCGAGCAACAUGAGGAUGAUGAAUUGCACGACUCGGAUGAUGAGAUAGACGACAUGAGGCACCGCAAGAAGCUCUUCUACAAGCUGGACAGGGGCUCCAGGGAGUUUGAGGAGAACAAUGUGCCUUUUAUCCGCAGUAGGAAGAAGAAUAAAGCCAAUUCCAAGAACCCAAAGGAGUGCAAGAAGGUGGAGCCUGUUAAAUCUGUUUCUUCCAAUGUUCCAAAGCUGAAGGCGAAGCGUGCAGUACGUGAGGACGACAUGGUUGAGGUGAAGCGGGAACGAGUUCCAACAUUCAACCAGAUGACCGAUCCUUACCACCACCCUUUCUGUCUAGAUAUACACGUCACGAAGGGGUCGGUGCGUGCUUGCUUUGUGCACCGAGUGACCAGCAGGGUGGUGGCGGUUGCGCACUCCAUAUCGAAGGACAUGAAGUUUGAUCUGGGUUCAAGGAAGGGUAAGGGUAUGAAAGCAUGUGCAGCUGUUGGCGCAGUUCUUGCGAAGCGUGCAAUAGAGGACGAUAUUCACAAUGCAGUGUAUACACCAAGGAAAGGGGAUAGGAUCGAAGGGAAAAUUGAGGUUGUGUUGCAUGCAAUAAUUGAAAAUGGAGUUGAUGUGAAGGUGAAACUGAAGCAAAGAAAGCCAACAAAGAAUACACUGGUGGUACAACAUGAUCGGUCUCCCUGAUCCUUCAACUGUCCGCGCGAGUCAUAGCGCCAACAAUUUCCAUUUGUGCAAAACUGGCAGAGAGAUACACGAGUAGCGGCUGAAGGACACGCCUCUCGCCCACUCGUUUGCACCAAGUCUCCAUGUGCUCGUCGUUCUCCUGCUUCACGCCUUCAGCUCUGGCCUGCUUCGCAACUUCAGGAUUCAGCACGCUGCACACAUAAAACACAGCAUGGCGCCCAUGGUAUAUGUCUGUAUCGGAGUUCUGAUGGGCAAUUUGUAAUGCACACAAGACGCCCAUGGUAUAUGUACAACACGAGAGCACGCACAGUAUUGCUUCUGGGGCCAAAGCAAUACCCUAUGUUGAAUUGUUGUUGGUACGCAAAUGUUUACUUCUGUAACGAAAGCAAAAGCCUCU